AUGGGGUCCCUGCUGGGGCUCCUGGCACUGCUGCUGCUCUGGGGUACCGUGGCUGAGGCCCCGGGCAAGAAGGUGCUGACCCUGGAAGGGGACCUGGUCCUGGGGGGGCUGUUCCCGGUGCACCAGAAGGGCGGCCCCGCCGAGGAGUGUGGCCCUGUCAACGAGCACCGGGGCAUCCAGCGUCUGGAAGCCAUGCUGUUCGCGCUGGAUCGCAUCAACCGGGACCCCCACCUGCUCCCCGGGGUACGUCUGGGGGCGCACAUCCUCGACAGCUGCUCCAAAGACACGCACGCGCUGGAGCAGGCGCUGGACUUCGUGCGGGCCUCCCUCAGUCGCGGGGCCGAGGGCUCCCGCCACGUCUGCCCCGACGGCUCCUACGCCACCCACGGGGACGCCCCCACGGCCAUCACGGGAGUCAUCGGGGGCUCCUACAGCGACGUCUCCAUCCAGGUGGCCAACCUCCUGCGGCUGUUUCAGAUCCCGCAGAUCAGCUACGCCUCCACCAGCGCCAAGCUGAGCGACAAGUCCCGCUACGACUACUUCGCCCGCACGGUCCCCCCAGAUUUCUUCCAGGCCAAAGCCAUGGCGGAGAUCCUGCGCUUCUUCAACUGGACCUACGUGUCCACCGUGGCUUCCGAGGGGGAUUACGGGGAGACGGGCAUCGAGGCCUUCGAACUGGAAGCCCGGGCCCGCAACAUCUGCGUGGCCACCUCGGAGAAAGUGGGGCGGGCCAUGAACAGAGCCGCCUUUGAGGGCGUCGUCCGGGCCCUGCUGCAGAAGCCCAGCGCCCGCGUGGCCGUCCUGUUCACCCGCUCCGAGGACGCCCGGGAGCUCCUGGCCGCCGCCCAGCGCCUCAACGCCAGCUUCAUCUGGGUGGCCAGCGACGGCUGGGGGGCCUUGGAGAGCGUGGUGGCCGGCAGCGAGGGGGCCGCCGAAGGCGCCAUCACCAUCGAGCUGGCCUCCUACCCCAUCGGGGACUUCGCCUCCUACUUCCGAAGCCUGGACCCCUGGAACAACACUCGGAACCCCUGGUUCCGGGAGUUCUGGGAGCAGAGGUUCCGCUGUAGUUUCCGGCAACCAGACUGUGCCACCCAUUCCCUGCGGGCCGUGCCCUUUGAGCAAGAGUCCAAGAUCAUGUUCGUGGUCAACGCCGUGUACGCCAUGGCCCACGCGCUACACAACAUGCACCGGGCUCUGUGCCCCAACGCCACCGGCCUCUGCGAGGCCAUGCGCCCCGUCAACGGGCGCCGCCUCUACAAGGACUUCGUGCUCAAUGUCAAGUUCGAUGCCCCCUUCCGCCCGGCUGACACCCACAGCGAGGUCCGCUUUGACCGCUUCGGGGAUGGCAUUGGCCGCUACAACAUCUUCACCUACCUGCGGGCCGGCGGUGGGCGCUACCGUUACCAGAAGGUGGGUUAUUGGGCAGAAGGCCUGACGCUUGACACGGGGCUCAUCCCCUGGGCCUCCGCCUCCUCCGGGCCCCUGCCCGCCUCCCGUUGCAGCGAGCCCUGCCUCCCCAACGAGGUGAAAAGCGUUCAGCCAGGCGAGGUGUGCUGUUGGCUCUGUAUCCCCUGCCAAGCGUACGAGUACCGCCUGGAUGAGUUCACCUGUGCCGACUGCGGCCUGGGCUACUGGCCCAAUGCCACUCUAACGGGGUGCUUUGAGCUCCCCCAGGAAUACAUCCACUGGGGGGACGUCUGGGCUGUAGGACCCGUCACCAUCGCCUGCAUGGGGGCCCUGGCGACUCUGUUCGUGCUGGGCGUGUUCGUGAGACACAACGCCACCCCCGUGGUGAAGGCGUCGGGCCGGGAACUGUGUUACAUCCUCCUGGGUGGCGUCUUCCUCUGCUACUGCAUGACGUUCGUCUUCAUCGCCAAGCCCUCCACGGCCGUGUGCACCUUACGCCGUCUCGGCCUGGGCACCGCCUUCUCCGUCUGCUACUCGGCCCUGCUCACCAAGACCAAUCGCAUCGCUCGUAUAUUUGGGGGAGCCCGGGAGGGGACCCAGAGACCGAGAUUCAUCAGCCCGGCAUCCCAGGUGGCCAUCUGCCUUGGGUUGAUCUCGGGGCAGCUGCUCAUCGUGACGGCCUGGUUGAUCGUGGAGGCGCCCGGUACGGGCAAGGAGACGGCCCCCGAGCGGCGGGAGGUGGUCACCCUCAAAUGCAACCAUCGUGAUGCCAGCAUGCUGGGCUCGCUGGCCUACAACGUGCUGCUCAUCGCCCUCUGCACCCUGUACGCCUUCAAGACGCGCAAGUGCCCCGAGAACUUCAACGAGGCCAAGUUCAUCGGCUUCACCAUGUACACCACCUGCAUCAUCUGGUUGGCAUUCCUGCCCAUCUUCUACGUCACGUCCAGCGACUACCGGGUACAGACCACAACCAUGUGCGUGUCCGUCAGCCUCAGUGGCUCGGUGGUACUCGGCUGCCUGUUCGCCCCCAAGCUGCACAUCAUCCUCUUCCAGCCGCAGAAGAACGUGGUGAGCCAUCGGACCCCCACCAGCCGCUUUAGCAGCGCCCCCGCGCGGGGGAGCACCAGCCACGGCCCGGGCUCUGGCUCCCAGUUCGUCCCGACUGUUUGCAACGGCCGUGAGGUGGUGGAUUCAACCACGUCGUCACUUUGA